CAACCGCUUUCCAGGGCACUUAAAUGAAGGAAAAUUACAGUGCCGAAUGAUGCUAUUGCUUUGCAGAAAUAGUUUUCAAUAGUUUCAUUUUAUUUAGCUUUAAGCAAUUUUAAUACUUUACCUUAUUUUUUGUUGUUUAUUUUAAUAUUUGAAAAAUUAUGGGAACUAGAAUUUAUCUUUUAUUUUUUUUACUUUUAAAAAGAUUUAUCUUUUAAAUUUUAAACAGAACAGCCACAGGCCACUUCCCUUGCAAGUGGCCUACAUGGGCUGAAUCCCUGUCAGGAUUGUUUUCUGAGCUCAGAGUAAAGAACAAAAUUUGAGUACCACUGGUUGUGGACCAAAACCAAUAAAUAAAAUAAAUUGUAAACUCAAAUGAUUCAAGCAUAUAUUUCAAACUACUGGGCUUGAUCCUCUUGAUCUGCUUUUAUAUCUCUGAUUUAUAGAGGAAUUUCUGUUAUACAAAUUAAAACAUAAUUACUUUGUCACAUGGUUAGGUUGUUUUUCUGGUUUUAUCAUUUAGAUUUUUAUUAAGUAUAAUCCAUCUUCUCUACUUUUCUGCCAACUAUUUCAUAGCAUGUUUUGUAUUUAAAUACUUUUCUCUAUAGUUACUUUUUAACUAUUUUCUAGUAGAUGAUCUAUGUGAAUAUUUUAAUAUUGUUUAGAUUCUCAUAGCUAUCUAGCCCACACUUUGUCUGAGAGUUUCCAAUAACUACCUGAGAGAAUUAUUGAUAAUUAAGAGUUUUCAUUACUUAUAGCCAAUUAAAUAUAAUUGAUCUGGUGAUAGACUGUUGAAGCAGGAAUAAUUCCAAGACCCCCAAAUUUUCAAUUAAGAUGUACAAUUUGUAACUUUAAGCAUGAACUGAAGUAGAUAUCUUUAUAUCAGUGUAGUCAGCAACACAGAAUAGCAUCUAUGACUAAAGAAGACAAGGAGGGAGGAAAAGCGGAAGUGAGAAGUAUGGGAUUGGAGGAGGCAGAAAACCAAAAAAACUACUUGGUUCUAGGCAUGCCAAUUCUUGAUUUCAAUGUUUAACUCUCAAAUCUAUUAUUUUCCUUAAGAUCUACAGUCUCCAAAUAAUAUUUUCUUUUUAUUCAAGCUAUCUGGGAGAGAGGAAGGCCUUCUCAAAAUCAAAAAGUUCAGGAAAAACAGAUGCAAUCUGGAGUUCCCAAGACUUUAUUGUAUGUUUCUAUUAUUAACUUAAUAAAUAUAAAUGUAAGUGCUUAGCAAUAUCUCUUCUAUACUAUAGAAUUUGUAACAAGUUUUAAUUUUUUGUACAUAAUAUAAUAAUGAAGUCUUUCAACAACAACAGAAGCUUACAAAGGGAAUUAUGAAAUAUCUGUUAACCUGUUUCCUCACCCCAGGAUCAGUUUUUUAAAGUAACACAGAAAUUGUUAUUGCUGGGUGUAUUUCCAAUUGUAAGAAUCACAUUAUCUUUAUUAUCUAUUUAUUUACUAUUAUUUACUGAAUCAAAUUUGGAUAUAAUUGUUUAAUCAUUUACUGUGAAGCCUUUAGGAUUUACAAAAAAUCCAAAGUAUAGACCUGUUAACUCAUUAUUAUAUAAAUAGUAAUAUUUGAUUGACACUUUACUUUUUAGAAUGCCUCAUGAAAUAAAAUUUUAAGCUCCUGCCAAGUAUACAGGCUUAAAGUUUUCUCCUUAGCUUAAAGAUGACAAAUGAGAAGAAAGGACUGACUGUUGUAUUAUUAUAUAUUAUUAGUGGCAUUAUUAGUUCACUUUCAGAGAUAUCAGAUUUUAUCUGUUAAUAUUUAAAACUACACUAAUAUUAAGGCAACUUUUUUGACAUUCAAUUACAUAAUAAAGUGUCUAGAUCUUCUCUAAUUAAGAUCUUUCUGUGAGGAAAAUGAUCUAAAACUGAGCAAGGUAUUCUCAUAUGCUGGAAGUUUACUUAGUCAAAUAUAUUUCAUGCCUUGAGAAUUGUAUCUUAAAAUGUCAAUGUCAGGGGCUGGAGCGAUAGCACAGCGGGUAGGGCAUUUGCCUUGCACGCGCCCGACUUGGGUUCGAUUCCCAGCAUCCCAUAUGGUCCCCUGAGCACCGCCAGGAGUAAUUCCUGAGUGCAAGAGCCAGGAGUAAACCCUGUGCAUCGCCAGGUGUGACCCAAAAAGAAAAAAAAAUGUCAAUGUCAAAGAUUUGUGAAAGAAUAUAAUUCAUUCACAAUGUGCAACACAAUUUUCACACUUGGCCCAUGCUAUGUUUUUCCAGGUAGCCAGAUCAGUGGAGUAUCAGAAUACAUUGUACUAAGUUUGUUUUUCAAAUCUGAUCAUUAAAAUAUUGGCUAAAGUUUUGUUUUCCCAUCUGUAGAUAUAGAGGACUUCAGUCACAUGCCAGAGUGAAAUAUUCCAAUAUAGUCAUGAGAGUAAGGUGCUUGCUAAAAAUGAAUUAUAUUUGAAUUGUAUGUGAAUUGAAUUGUACAUUUCCUCUUUGGGAACAAGUUUAAUAUUUUGGAAGAAUUUAACUGAUCUUCUUUAUGUUAUAACUUAACUUUUAUUCCAUACCCUUAUCAUUUUGUGAUCUUGACUAUCCUGCUCUUUAAGAUUACAGCAACUCUCAGCUUCAACAUGUAUGCAUCUUAGUUUUAUCAAUGUAAUUGGUAAUAAAUGUAUUGCUCCUUACAAAUUAUUUUUGGAUAAGGAUCUAUGUCAAUAUAACAUUUCUACUGAGAUACAUAGAGAUUCUCCUUGGAUAAUAUUUACAAAUAUGUCAUUUUUACCCCUUUUAGUUGUCUGUUAAGAUUAACAAACUAAUUCUAGUUAACCUAUAUAGCUAGUCUAUUAGUUUUACACUCCUGAAACAUGUGAGUGACUUUCUUCAUUUAUGGUGCUAGCAGUGAGUUAAGGGCAUUAUGGCACAAAUACUUUCUUUAGGAACAGAACUGAAAACAUACAUAUCUUUUCUACUCAAUUUUUCCCCCAGAGCACAGACUACACAAUAAACCCUGUGUUGUUGUAUCCCCCAUGAUAUCAUAAGAGGUAUUUGUUUUCUCGGUAUUUAGUACGGUGCCUAACAUGUGAAAUUAUUGUCUGUUGAGUAAACAAAACCUUGUUCUUGCACCAUUUCCCAAAUGUCAGCACCAUUUCCAUAUUUUUGGAUCUCACUAGAAAACAUAAUUUUGUUCUUUCUUUUUAAAAAGAAAUGACUAUAUACAUAUACUCGUAGGCAAUUGUUCUCUAAUGCAUAAAUUUAAGUGGAAUACAUUUUGCACCAUUUUAUUCGGUAAGCUAGGCUUAUGUACAACACAUGGUGGCGCUGUAAGCUAAGGCUGUGAAAAACAGACUUGCAGAGGGGUACAGUUCUGGCAAUCAAACACAGAUCAUUCUAAGAAGAUUCUUAAAGGACUUACCUCUCGUCAAAGAUCGACUUCCAGAACGAAUUGUCCACAGACACAACAGAGGCACCCGAACCUUAAGAACUUGUGUCAUUGGAGACGAUGGAAGCUGAAGAGGACCGCGUUCUUAGACUAAGGCAAGUUCUGCUUCUCUUUGUUUUGCUGGCUCAGACUUACGGGAAGCAGGAAGGUUAUAGUAUAGCAGAAGAAACAGAGAGUGGUUCUUUUGUUGCCAAUCUGUCAAAAGACAUAGGGCUAGGAGUAAAAGAGCUGUCUCUGAGAAGGGCUCAUGUGAUUUUUAAAAAUAACAAAAAUCAUUUUCAGUUAAACCUUCAGACUGGAGAUUUACGAGUAAAUGAGAAAUUGGAUCGGGAAGAGCUGUGUGGUCCCAAUGAGCCCUGUAUAUUGCAAUUCCAGGUAUUACUGGAAGAACCUCUGGAGAUAUAUCGCUUUAACCUUUUGAUCAGUGACAUAAAUGACAAUUCCCCUGUGUUUCCAGAAACAGAAAUGCAUUUGAAAGUCAUGGAAAACACUCUUCCAGGAACAGUGUUUCCCCUGAAAAAUGCACAAGAUUUGGAUGUAGGUAUCAAUGGAAUUCAAAACUACAGCAUCUACCCCAACUCCCAUUUCCAUGUUCUUACCCAGAAUGGUACUGAGGGCAGAAAAUACCCGGAGCUGGUUCUGGACAAAGCCCUAGACAGAGAGCAGCAACCGGAACUUAAGUUAACACUCAUGGCAAUAGAUGGUGGUGUACCUUCAAAAACUGGGACUGCCUUGGUCCUCAUUGAGGUCUUAGACAUCAAUGACAAUGCCCCUGAGUUUUCACAGCCAGUCUAUCAUGUACAGAUGUCAGAAAACAGUCCACUUGGAUCCCUUAUCGUCAUUGUUUCAGCAAGAGAUAUAGACAUGGGGAUAAAUGGCAAAGUAUUCUAUUCAUUUUUUUCUGGUGAUGAAGAAGUUAUAAAGACUUUUGCAAUUAAUGAACUCACAGGAGAAAUUAAACUAGUUAAAAAUCUAGAUUUUGAAAAAAUUUCAUCAUAUGAGGUGAAUAUUAAGGCCUCUGAUGGGGCAGGACUUUCUGGAAAAUGUACUGUCAUUAUAAAGGUAGAGGAUGUAAAUGACAACGCCCCAGAACUGACAGUGGUUUCACUUGUAAGUUCUAUUCCAGAAAAUUCUCCACAGACCACAAUAGCUCUUUUCAGUAUUCAAGACAAAGACUCAGGAAACAACGGAAGGAUGAUUUGUUCCAUCCAGGAAGAUAUUCCAUUCACACUGAAACAUUCCAUUGAGAAUUUCUACAAGUUGGUCACUGAAGACGCGCUAGACAGAGAGAGCAAAGCAGAAUACAACAUCACCAUCACAGUGACAGACAUGGGCACCCCCAGGCUGCAAACACAGCACACCAUCACAGUGCUGGUGUCAGACGUGAACGACAACGCCCCCGCCUUCAGCCAGCCCUCCUACACCCUGCUGGUGGGCGAGAACAACAGCCCCGCCCUGCACAUUGGCAGCGUGAGCGCCACCGACCCAGAUGAGGGCAGCAACGCCCAGGUCACCUACUCGCUGCUGCCGCCCCAAGACCCACAGCUACCGCUCGCCUCGCUGGUGUCCAUCAACGCCGACAACGGGCAGCUGUUCGCGCUGCGCUCGCUGGACUUCGAGGCCGUGCGCGCCUUCGAGUUUGGCGUGGGCGCGUGGGACCGCGGCUCGCCCGCGCUCGGCAGCCAGGCGCGCGUGCGCGUGCUGGUGCUGGACCGCAAUGACAACGCGCCCUUCGUGCUGUACCCGCUGCAGAACGCGUCGGCGCCCUGCAGCGAGCUGGUGCCCAGGGCGGCAGAGGCGGGCUACCUGGUGACCAAGGUGGUGGCGGUGGACGGCGACUCGGGCCAGAACGCCUGGCUGUCGUUCCAGCUGCUCAAGGCCACGGAGCCCGGGCUCUUCAGCGUGUGGGCGCACAAUGGCGAGGUGCGCACCGCGCGGCCGCUCAGCGAGCGCGACGCGCCCAAGCACAGGCUGCUGGUGCUGGUCAAGGACAAUGGCGAGCCGCCGCUGUCGGCCAGCGUCACGCUGCACGUGCUGCUGGUGGACGGCUUCUCGCAGCCCUUCCUGCCGCUGCCCGACGCGCCUGCCGACGCGCCUGCGGACGACCGCCUCACCGUCUACCUGGUGGUGGCCUUGGCCUGCGUGUCGUCCCUCUUCCUCUUCUCCGUGCUGGCCUUCGUGGCUGUGCGCCUGUGCAGGCGGCCUGGCCCUCCCGCGGGGGUGCCCUACCCGCUGCCUGACGCGCACUUCCCGGGACACCUGCUGGACGUCAGUGGCGCUGGGACCCUGUCGCACAGCUACCAGUAUGAGGUGUGUCUGGCGGGGGGCGCUGGCACCAAUGAGUUCAAGUUCCUCAAGCCUAUCUUGCCAGAUUUCCAGGAUCACAUUACUGGGACCAAUAGUGAGGAAACCCCCACUUUCCGAAAUAGUUUUGGGUUCAGUGAUCAUAAUUAACUCGUAAACUUCCUUUGUACCUUGUUUAUGUCAACUCCAGGUUAUUUUCCCAGCUCUGGUUAACUUUCCCUGUUUAUGGCCUCACCAGUUGUUUACCACUACUCCGGGCUCUGGUAACACCAGGUGCUGGCUAGGGAUCAUGUGGCACCAGGGAGAACCAGGGCCUGGGCCUCGCAUGUUGUGCUCUCUCUGGCCCAAUAGACCAUGUCACUUUAGCCAUAGUUUCUUCUGCAGCACGGAAAUUUGUUUAGCUUUAUCAAGUUACAGUUAUUUUUGGUUUUAUUUUGCCAGUGGAGUUCCAAUCCUUAAAGAGACCUUGAAAUCAAUAUGAUGAAGCGAUCUGCUUAUAUUUCUUUCAUGUAUUUUAUGGAUUCAGGUAUAAAAUCAGGAUCUUUAAUUCAUUUUGUGUUAACUUUUAUGUAUUUGAGUUAGUGAUUCAAAUUUUCUUUUUUUGCAUGUGGCUAAUGAUAUUUUACCACAAAAGCAUUGUUACACUUUCUGUCCUCCACAUUAUGCUCAUGAAUCUUUUGUUAUUAACUGUCCACUUUAAUUGGUCUGCUUUUCAAAUAGCUUUGACUACUUGAGGGGUAUGGGUAUGGUUUUAUACAUAUUUUAGUAGAGUUUGUUCUAUGUCCUGAAGAAUGACAUUGGAAUUUUGAUAGUAUUGAAUCUGUAAUGCUUUGGGUAAGAAGGUCAUUUUAAUGAUGUUAAUUUUCUAAUCCAGGAGUAUGGGGUAUGUUUUGUAUUCUUUUGUCUUUCAUUUCUUGCAGUAGUGACAUAAUUUUUAAUGAAUGUCUUUCACAACUUUUUUUCAUUACUUGGUACUUUACUUUUUGAAUGCAAUUGUAAAUGGAUUUUUUUUGUAAUUACAUAUAGUAAUGUAAUGGGUCUUUUGUGUAUUAAUUUUAUACCUGGAAUUUAUAUUACAUAUAGUUGUUUUUACCUUGAUUCUGAGAUUGAACACAGGGCCUCACACUUGCAAGACAUGUUGCUCCACUGCUGAACUACUUCCUUGGUCAUGAAUCAUACACUUUAAAUGGUAAAAUUCUUGCAUGGGUUGAAUAGUUGUAGUAAUUUGAGAUUUUAAUUGUGAUUUUCAUGUAUAUUAAAAUGUUCUUUUGGAUCAAAA